GCCAUUUACAAGCCGCGUUUGUACAGCGAGUGCGCGUGUAGUAGAGCCGGAGAGAGAGCCGCUGCGUGUGUGUGUGCCUGUGAGAGAGCGAGAGAGCGCCGCCGCCAAAGCUGCCCAACACAUACACGAAUGUCAGACACUUCGCGGUCGGUCGGCAGAAACAGGCAAUUUUAUACGGGCGAAAAGUUACAAAAAAUAAUUUACCCACUUUUCGGUGGCGAAAACGAAGAAACUGUAAAAAAUGGACCAGAGAUUUAAGUGCAAAACAUAGAAACAUCUUGCGAUAAAGCGUGCUAAUCCGGGGCAUAAAACUGGAUAUGUAAAAUGCGAAGUAGCCCGGACAUGGAGAGCCACUAAGUGCCGGUUCCGUUUGCGGGAAUACCAAUAAAGCGGAUCAACUGCCAUCGAAAAAUAUUAUAAAAAAAAAAAAAACAGAAGAAAAAGAAUAGCUAAGAAAAAACAAGUACCAUAAAACGCUGGCAAGCAGAUCUUAGUCCACAUUUUGCGAGGAGUUUCUGUGCAGGAGUGGAGUGCUCAGGGAUAACCGGAAGGAAGGAAGCGGCGUGCGUAGCAGGAGGAGCAGCAGGACUUCCGCUCCGGCAAAUCGGUGUCCACCUCGGAACUAUCGCUCUUGAUCUAGCCGGCAACAUACCAGCCUAACAACAUGUAUCCCUCACCGGUGCGCCACCCCGCCGCCGGGGGACCACCACCUCAGGGUCCAAUCAAGUUCACCAUCGCCGACACACUGGAACGCAUCAAGGAGGAGUUCAACUUCCUGCAGGCGCAGUACCACAGCAUCAAAUUGGAGUGCGAGAAGCUGUCGAACGAGAAGACGGAGAUGCAGCGCCAUUAUGUUAUGUACUACGAGAUGUCCUAUGGCCUUAACGUGGAGAUGCACAAGCAGACGGAGAUCGCCAAGCGGCUGAACACACUGAUCAACCAGCUACUUCCAUUCCUUCAGGCCGACCACCAGCAGCAAGUGCUGCAGGCGGUGGAGCGGGCGAAGCAGGUGACCAUGCAGGAGCUCAACCUGAUCAUUGGGCAUCAGCAGCAACAUGGAAUUCAGCAACUUUUACAACAGAUCCACGCCCAGCAGGUGCCAGGCGGACCACCUCAGCCGAUGGGCGCACUGAAUCCGUUUGGCGCCCUGGGCGCCACCAUGGGCCUGCCACACGGACCGCAAGGUCUGCUGAACAAACCGCCCGAACACCACAGGCCGGACAUCAAGCCGACGGGUCUGGAGGGGCCAGCAGCCGCCGAGGAGCGAUUGCGCAAUUCGGUUUCGCCGGCCGAUCGUGAGAAGUACCGCACACGCUCGCCGCUGGACAUCGAGAACGACUCGAAGCGUCGAAAAGAUGAGAAACUGCAAGAGGAUGAAGGCGAGAAAAGCGAUCAAGAUUUAGUCGUAGAUGUUGCAAAUGAAAUGGAAUCCCACUCACCGCGUCCCAACGGCGAGCACGUGUCAAUGGAGGUGCGCGAUCGGGAAAGCUUGAAUGGCGAGCGCCUGGAGAAGCCAAGCAGUAGUGGCAUCAAGCAGGAACGGCCGCCCUCACGCUCCGGCUCCAGUUCUUCACGUUCCACACCCAGCCUCAAGACAAAAGAUAUGGAAAAGCCGGGUACACCGGGCGCCAAGGCACGCACACCGACACCGAACGCCGCUGCUCCGGCGCCAGGUGUUAAUCCUAAACAAAUGAUGCCGCAGGGACCACCGCCAGCCGGAUAUCCGGGUGCACCGUAUCAGAGGCCGGCCGAUCCCUACCAGCGUCCACCGUCAGAUCCAGCCUAUGGACGACCGCCACCAAUGCCGUACGAUCCGCACGCCCAUGUGCGAACCAAUGGCAUUCCACAUCCCUCGGCCCUAACGGGUGGAAAGCCUGCAUACUCUUUCCAUAUGAACGGCGAGGGUAGUCUACAACCGGUGCCGUUCCCGCCGGACGCGUUGGUGGGCGUUGGAAUUCCGCGGCACGCCCGGCAGAUCAAUACGCUGUCGCAUGGAGAGGUCGUCUGUGCGGUAACCAUCUCCAAUCCCACAAAGUACGUGUACACGGGCGGCAAGGGCUGCGUCAAGGUAUGGGACAUCUCGCAACCGGGCAACAAGAAUCCAGUCAGCCAGCUGGAUUGUCUGCAGCGCGACAACUACAUCCGCUCGGUGAAGCUGCUGCCCGACGGCCGUACGCUGAUCGUGGGCGGUGAGGCGUCCAACCUGUCCAUCUGGGAUCUGGCCAGUCCGACGCCUCGCAUAAAGGCGGAACUAACAUCGGCGGCGCCCGCCUGCUACGCUCUGGCCAUUAGCCCUGACUCGAAGGUGUGCUUCUCGUGCUGCAGCGACGGCAACAUCGCCGUGUGGGACCUGCACAACGAGAUCCUGGUGCGCCAGUUCCAGGGCCAUACCGACGGCGCCUCAUGCAUCGACAUCAGUCCGGAUGGCUCCAGGCUGUGGACGGGCGGCUUAGACAACACGGUGCGCUCCUGGGAUCUGCGCGAGGGUCGCCAGCUGCAACAGCACGACUUUAGCUCUCAAAUAUUCUCGCUCGGCUACUGUCCCACAGGCGACUGGCUGGCUGUGGGUAUGGAGAACUCGCAUGUGGAGGUGCUGCACGCAUCGAAACCGGACAAGUAUCAACUGCAUCUGCACGAGAGCUGCGUUCUGUCGCUGCGCUUUGCCGCCUGCGGCAAAUGGUUCGUUUCCACCGGCAAAGACAACCUGCUUAACGCAUGGCGAACACCCUACGGUGCCAGCAUAUUCCAGUCGAAGGAAACAUCAUCCGUACUUAGCUGCGACAUAUCAACUGACGACAAAUACAUUGUGACGGGUUCGGGCGAUAAGAAGGCUACUGUCUACGAAGUUAUUUAUUAAAUCCACAAAACCAUGCAGUUUUUUCAUUUUGUAAUAAGCUCGUAUAGUUUUUAUUACAACAAAAAGCGAUUAACUACAACAAACAACAUGUUCGAAAUCAUGCAAAUAACAACAACAAAAACAACAACAGCAGCGGCAUCGGCAGUAAAACGAAAAAAAAAGAAAAGAAAAGCGGCAGUAGCAACGCAUCAAAAAGCGAAGCAAAAAUGAAAAUUCUAUAAUAUAUAUACAAAAAAGGAAAACUAAAUUUUAAUCGUAAUUGUAGCUACUAAGCCUAAUCUAAGUCCAAUAAAUAAAAACAAACCAACAAGUUGAACACACACAAAUUGCAAGUAAACAAGAAUUCAAGUAAAAUGAGAACCAGAGCGAAAUAAAAUGAUAAUGCAUGCGAGCAACAGAAACGAGUAUGUUGUAAAAUUAACAAAAUGAAACCGGAAACAGAAACAGAAAAAGUCGGCGAUACCUACCUACGUUCAUCUUAACAUAAAAACAAAUAGGAGGAUAAGUGGAAUAGUCAUUGCAAUUGCAGGAGCGUUGAGAUUAUGAUUACCAGCUGAGCAAAAGGAGUUAAAUACAAAUACGAUGCGAGUGCUUUUAGUUUGUUUUAUGUGAGCGUAAGUUUUUGUAAUUUAGCUGACAAGUCAGACAGCGAAUGCAACAACAAAUGUAAUUUUAAGUUGUCAGUUUCCUUACCUCCCAACGCCCCUCCAAACACACACCACACACAAACACCCACACACGAAAAACACAA